AUGGCAGCCUUGGCAACCAAGCAAGUAGUGUCGCAUCUUGCCUCUCCGCAAAAGCUAUCAGCUAGUACUGCUUCACCACCUCCGAAACUUGCAAACCUCGUCUGCGUCUUAAGUGGUUGCAACUCUCGUUACGGAAUUGGAUGGGCUACAGCUCUAGAGUUCGCCAAACAUCAACCAAAGGCUCUGUUUGUAACAGACAUUCAUUCCGACAAGUUGGACGAUCUUGUCAAUGCUAUUAAGGAGAUCUCAUCAGUCACUACAGCUCAUGCAAUGAAAAUGGAUCAAUCUUUGGAAGCAGAUGUGGCUGGUGUUGUCGAUGAAGCCUUGAAACUUUAUGGACGACUAGACGUAUUUUUCAUCAAUGGUGGUAUUUUGGGCGCAAAUGAACCAUUGCUAGGUGGUGAAUCUGCCACAAAUUUCAUGGACGUUAUGAAGGUCAAUGCAUUGGGGCCGUUCGUGGGUUGCAAGCAUGGUGCUCGUGGUAUGCUGGUAACUUCAAAGGAUAAGCCAGUACCCAAAGGAAGCAUUAUCGUUACGUCUUCCAUCGCUGGACUGAAUGGAGGAACCGCAUCAAUUGCGUAUGGAGCCUCGAAAGCUGCUUCCAUCAACCUUGUGAAACACGUAGCAAUCGAAUUGAAGGGGAAUAACAUUCGUGUGAAUGCAAUCUUACCCGGCAUGACGGAAACCGGAAUGAGCAAGCCCGCUUUCGAUGGUCUGCGAGCUAGUGGAAGACUUGGAAUACUCGGCGACUUGAAUCCUUUGCUUCGCCAUGCCAUGCCCCAAGAGAUGGCUACCGUCGUGGUGUUUUUAGCAUCAGAGGACGCAUCGUACAUAAACGGAACCUCGAUUACUGUUGAUGGAGGUUGGACAGCGUCACACCCGUUUCUCGCAAUACGUCCUCCCAAUGCAUCAGUAUAG